AUGGAGUCUAUGGAGCUUGAUAAUACUAUUUCAUAUAAGUGCGCAUGUAAUUUUGAGGACAGUGAGGGUAAAACUCACAUUUAUGACAGCAGCCGAAUCAGUACAAAUACUUUUACCAAAGCCGAGUUGAUGAGUAUUCAUCUGUCUCAAUUGAUGCUACAGCAUAGAAUUGCUAGAGCAACAUAUAGAGACAUUGUUCAAUUUAUAAACACUGUUAUCCAAAACUAUGACGAUAUAAUGAUGGAACCUGGGGUUAAGAUCAGUCAUGGCGAAACUGUUGAUGCUUUGCUCAAGUCAAAGUCAAGUGUCAAGGGCCAUGAGUAUGAUGUCUGCUCUAGUGGUUGUCGAUUGUAUGGCAUUAAUGACGACCAGGAAUCUUGUGUUGACUGCGGCAAACCGCGAUACAAGACUGAUCCCGAUCAAAGUCAGACACCAGCUGCCAGUAUGAAACUUAUGUCAGUUGGAGAUAUGCUUUCUCAAAUGUUGGCAGAUCCAGCCACAAGAGAACUCCUCUGUUACAGAGCAAACCAGGAAUCUGUAGCUGGUCAGCUAACUAACAUUUUUGAUGGUGACAAUUACAAGCAGUUGGUGCAGCAGGGCCUGUUCUCCAAUCCCAAUGAUAUUUCCAUUGGGUUUUAUACCAAUGGGUUUGUCAAUCAAAAGAAAGGCAAAAACUCAUAUACCAUCAUCCAUUGCAUAAUAUUCAACCUAGACCCAUCCAUCAGGUAA